AUGUCGAUCAGGUUCUCGACAUUCAUCUCCCAGAUUGCCCAGGCGUUGCAAGAAGAACGCGGCCCUGAGCUUGCCUACCUCCUCAAGCCGACGUCCGAGCACGGAAAGCAGCUAGUGAAGGAGUUUCGGAAUCCGACGCGUCAAUCACUGCGCCAGUAUGAGGGGACUAUGGAGACCCCAUGGGACGAGGUUGCCUUACAAUACGUUCUGGUGGUCAACCACUGCGGUCGAAAGCGUCCCGCGGAAGCCUUUAGGGAGGAAUGCACGCUCGUAUCGCUGUUUCUCCGGUAUUUUGCAACAAACAGCGGGUGGACAUUGCCUGCGCUAUUUUCCAUCUUACGGGAUCUGCGAGACCUUGCAUUUGACGCAGACCUGGAUGCCAGCGCUCGGGGUCAGGAGGGGACAGCUAAUAUGGAGGAGGCGGCACGCAUCAUUAGCAAGGCGUUCUCAAGUUGCGUGACCGAUAGGCAAUCCUCAUACCAGGAGUCGCGUAAAUGGGGGGUGUACUACGUGGUAGGGCUGAUCUUGAAAUGCUACUUCCGAGUCAAAAGAAUAUCCCUAUCCAAAAAUAUUCUUAGAGCCAUUGAGGCCAAUCCAGAUAUCCCACCACUAACCUCAUAUCCACGGUCGCAUCAGGUGUCAUAUAGAUACUAUAUAGGCAUGCUGGGCUUCCUGAACGAAGAUUUUGCAAAGGCCGAACAAGAGCUGACCCUUGCUUUCUAUCACUGCUAUACAAAGGCGCACAGCAAUCAGUUACGAAUAUUAACAUAUCUAAUCCCACUACGUAUACUGCGUGGGCAUCUCCCAUCACGAGAGCUUCUAGACCGCUUUCCGAUGCUGGAUGACCUCUUCACCCCGUUCAUCUCAGCUAUCAGGUCGGGGGAUAUUCGGGCAUAUGACUCCGCCUUGGACAGGAAUGAGCGGCGGCUCGUUGACCUGAACCUGUGGUUGACCUUGGAGCGCGCCCGUGAGCUCUGUAUCCGAGGACUCUUCCGCCGAGUAUGGGCUGCAUCGCAAAAAGCCACACGCAUACCUCUCUCCAUGUUUCAUUCGUCUCUGCAAAUCGCGGGGAUGGACGUGUCACAGGAGGAGGCCGAGUGCUAUGUGGCAAACAUGGUAUACAAGGGCUUUAUGCGAGGGUAUAUCUCACAUGAAAAGCAGAUGGUGGUGGUGGCGAACACGAACGCUUUCCCUCGACUUGCGGACCGACCAUCACCAUAUAACUCGUUGUACUAG